GAGUUUUGAACUACUGUAUAACUUAUUUCAACUUAAAUGAGAAAAUAUGGGGACCUCCUCACGAAAUCUUAGGCCUUGAAAGGACCCCGCCCCCUAUUGCGACACAUAUGACGCUCAAGCGACGAGUUCGACGUCAAUUCGAAUGUCCAAGAACAUGGAUAAGCGUCCAUACAAAUAGCUCUUUCACAGCCAGAGCGCAGCACCCUCCUAUUGUCACCUUUUCACUGUACCGCCAUCUUUCAGUCUCGAAGUCCAUAUCGUAUUCGCUAUGACUGUCCCUGAUAAGAUGCAGGCCCUGAUUACUCAGGCCAACAAGACCACCAAGGUGGAGACAGUACCUACGCCUGACAUUGACGAUGAUGAGGUGCUCGUCAAAACGGUCGCUAUAGCGUUAAACCACACAGACUGGAAACAUAUUGAAUUCAUUAACAAUCCCGGCACAAUUGUCGGUUGUGACUUUUCAGGAACUGUAGUUAAAGUCGGGAAAGCCGUGACUACACUCUUUGAGGGAGACCAUGUUGCUGGAUUCACCCAUGGCGGAACAUUCAAAGAUCUCGGAGCCUUUGCUGAAUAUGUCAAGAGCCCAGCUGACCUAGUCUGGAAAGUUCCCGGUGGUACUUUGAGCCAUGAGCAAGCAGCUACUUUUGGCUGCGCGUUUUAUACAGCCGUUCAAGCAUUGUUCAACCCCAAUCGACUCGCUCUCAUCGAACCUCCCGGAGAGGCUGCCGCCCCUGAGUGGGUCCUCAUUAACGGUGGAACUGCGUCUGUCGGCAUGUUCGCUAUUCAACUUGCCCGCAUCGCUGGAUACGAAGUCCUUGCUGUCGCCUCUAAGAAACCUGAAUUGGCGAAGUCCCUGGGUGCAAACGCUGUCGUUGAUUAUAAGGAUCCUGAGGCCGUAACACAAAUCAGACACGCCACUCACGAGGGGAUCCACAGCGGUCUCGACGCCAUUGCUACAGAUGACACUCAAGAAUUCUCCAUUAGAUCAUUCGGUCCUGGCGAGGGAAAGCUGAUCGUGACUCUCAACGCUUACAAAGGUGCCCAAGAACUUCGUCCCGACGUGGAAAUUCAGAGUACGUCGCAACAUGCAUAUCUUUCAUUUCGUGCUUCUUUGUGCUUACGACACCUUGUGCUCCUGCAGGUACCCUGGUGUACACCGUCUUCGGACGUAGCUUCGACUUCUUAGGCACUCAUUACGACCCCGUUCCCGACGACCGUGAGCAUAUGGCCGCGUUCUUGCAGAAGCUCCCUACUCUUGUGAAAUCGGGUCAUUUGAAGCCAAAUCCUGUGAUAUUGUGGCCAGGUGGACUGCAAGAGGUUACGGAUGGCUUAGACUUCCUGCGGGAGGGAAAGCACAGUGGUGAGAAGGUCGUUUAUCGUAUUGGUUGAGGAAUGGACUUGUCGGGUUCGGCUUGAACCACGGAGUGGAAUAACCUGAUGGACGAUAUCUUUCUUGUACUAUCAUUUUGAACAUACUCUUCAGUGCUCAACCAAUAUUGCAUUGGAUGUUUUGAAGCCGGUCGAAUGGACAAGCUAAAUUAUUUCACCUCAUUUCACCUUCGAACUGAUUUCGCAUGGCUUUGAAAGACCUGCCGAGGAGCAUAUGACAUUAUUACUAUUUCUUGCGGCACCAGAGCUUGUCUGUUUCCCCAUGUUUCCUUAAUGCCAAUUGUCAAUUGUGCCUC